GCAGUGCACGGAAGGAAGGCUGCUGAGCGCCAUAUUUAAUACAUCAGAGGCUAGAUAUUUUUUAGCUAAAAGUUCUAACUUCACACCGAAACCUGUAGAAGAGCCUGCAUUUUUUCGGUAAAAUGAAUGUUAUUGAUCACGUUCGGGACAUGGCUUCGGCCGGCCUUCACUCCAAUGUUCGCAUUGUGAGCAGUUUGCUGCUGACGAUGAGCAAUAACAAUCCUGAACUAUUCUCACCGGCUCAGAAGUACCAACUGCUGGUUUACCACGCCGAUGCGAUUUUUCACGAUAAGGAAUAUCGCAAUGCGGCCUGCAAGUACAGCAUGGCGCUGCAGCAGAAGAAGGUGCUCAGCAAAACAUCCAAGGUUCGCACAUCAGCUGGUGGAGCAGCCUCCAACAUGCAGACACAGAGUUUACCCUCAGAAAUUGAAGUGAAAUACAAGAUAGCAGAAUGCUACACCAUUUUAAAGCUGGACAAAGACGCCAUUGCUGUGCUCGAUGGAAUCCCAUCCAGACAAAGAACUCCAAAGAUCAACAUGAUGCUCGCUAACCUGUACAGGAAAGCUGGGCAGGAGCGUUCUGCUGUGACCAGCUACAAAGAGGUGCUCCGGCAGUGUCCUCUCGCCUUGGAUGCCAUCAUUGGCCUUCUGUCUCUGUCAGUUAAAGGAGCAGAAGUGGCGUCCAUGACGAUGGAUGUAAUCCAGAGCAUCCCAAACCUGGACUGGCUCUCUGUUUGGAUCAAAGCAUAUGCUUUCAUACAUGCUGGGGACAAUCAAAGGGCCAUUAACACUAUUUGCUCUUUGGAGAAGAAAUCUCUUUUGCGGGAUAACGUGGACCUCUUGGUCAGCCUGGCAGACGUGUAUUUCAGGGCGGGGGACACGAAAAAUGCCAUUCUAAAAUUUGAACAGGCCCAGAUGCUGGAUCCUUACCUUAUCAAAGGUAUGGAUGUUUAUGGUUAUCUGAUGGCUCGUGAGGGACACUUAGAAGAUGUUGAAGUCCUUGGUGGGCGUUUAUUCAAUAUAUCUGACCAGCACGCAGAGCCGUGGGUGAUCUCUGGUUGUCACAGUUUUUAUAGCAAGCGUUAUUCAAGAGCGCUCUAUUUGGGGGCCAAGGCGAUCCAGCUGAACAGCAACAGCGUGCAGGCCCUCCUCCUGAAGGGGGCAGCACUGAGAAACAUGGGCCGAGUCCAGGAAGCCAUCAUCCAUUUUAGAGAAGCCAUGCGUUUGGCGCCCUGCCGACUCGACUGUUACGAAGGUCUGAUCGACUGUUACCUGGCCUCCAAUGGCAUUCGGGAGGCAAUGGGGAUGGCAAACAACAUCUAUAAGACUCUGGGGGCCAACGCUCAGACCCUGACCAUCCUGGCCACAGUGUGUCUGGAAGACCCAGUCACUCAGGAGAAAGCCAAAACUCUGCUGGACAAAGCCCUGGCCCAGAGACCCGACUACACCAAAGCUGUGAUCAAAAAAGCAGAAUUGCUCAGCCGAGAACAGAAGCAUGAAGAGGGGAUUGCUCUCUUACGGAACGCCCUCGCCAAUCAAAGUGACUGUGUGCUGCACAGAAUGCUGGGAGAUUUCCUGGUGGCUGUAAAUGAUUAUCAAGAAGCCAUGGAUCAGUACAGCAUUGCAUUAAGCCUGGAUCCAAAUGACCAGAAAUCUCUGGAGGGCAUGCAGAAGAUGGAAAAGGAGGAGAGCCCUGCAGACGCCACCGUGGAGCUGGACGGUGAUGACAUGGAGGGGAGUGGAGAAGAUGGAGAUCUGGAGGGCAGUGACAGCGAAGCAGCUCAGUGGGCUGAUCAGGAACAGUGGUUUGGGAUGCAGUGACCCAAGGCCACAGGCCACUGCAUUGUCUGUCACCACAGUGGAAGCCUUUGGCCUUUGUGCUCCACUAUGAGAGUUAAACUGCCCCGCAGGGCCGCGUGCUCUUUACUUCCUGCUCGAUCCGAGGAGAAUACAGAGAUGGCGUCAUAGCGGCAGACGUUUACUGACAUGAAGCUAGUUGCAGCACUCCAGUCAAAGCCUGACCUGGACCCCAUUUUUCUUCACCAUCAUCCUUUACAUCAGGUUUCCUUAGCGUCAUUCACAUCAGUCUUGAUAUAUACAUUUUUUCUUUGUGAGCAACGUCAGUCGCAAAUGUUGGUGACAUUUUACAAAUAGUCCUCAUAUUGUCUUUGGAUCCACAGCUCAGUAAGUUUCACAGCUUUACCAGUUUGACAAACUAAAACAACAAUGAAGCUCUAUCAACUAACCUGCUUCAUGCAUCAUCCAGUAAUUUAUGUCUGUGUGUUUUGUAUUAAUGCAGCACAAAAACAAACCCAUAAUUCAUUCUUUAGGUUGCAAAGUUUUACUUAACAAUUUUGCCUCAAAUGUUUAGAUUGUUUUUUUGUAUAUAAUUAAAAAAGAUGUCACUUAAAA